AUGCUGGCAAGAAGUGUUAGCAGGUCCUUGGCUCACCCAGUCUUGUUUAUGAGCAGAUUAUCAAGCUCAGCUGUUUAUACUCCUCCAAAAUACGAUGAGCUUGAUACCAAUACAUGGUUAAAAAUCGAAAAGGAGACCAGAGAGGAGAUUUUAGAGUAUUUAGACUGGAAAAUGGAGUCCAAUUGGUCUCUGAUGACGCCACGAGAACAACGAGCAGCCUAUUUUGUAUCUUACGGUGACUACGGUCCUCGAGCUAAACCGGGUUCCAAAGCGGCCCAGAUGCAAAUGUCGGGUGCUGAAUUGAUUCUUAGAGGUAUCUUCAGUACAGUUCUUUUCACUGCAGUGGCUAUAAGUGUUCUGAACUAUGGGAAAGACCGUAAAGUUAUGGAGAAUUUAGAUAAAUUGAAGGAGUCUGCGAACCCGGGAUCAUGA